UUAAGUAAUAAUUGUAAAUACGUUGGUGAGGGAGGCCAGCCCGGACCGGCUGGGUGAGGCGCCCAGGCAACAGGUACGCCUCACACUCUCCUCACUUCCCUUCUCCUCCACCAUUACUCUCAUCAAGUGAGGGGCUCAGCUGUGCUCUCUGGAGAUGGGCGACGCAUCAGAGGAAGUGACAGAUUCCCGUCCUGUUGUUUAUGUGACUGGCUUUGGACCUUUCCCAUCACAUGCAGUCAAUGCAAGCCAAAUGGCGGUUGAAGGUCUUCUCAACUCUAAAUUAGAAAAGGAACUUGGAGUGAAGUUAGUUACCGAAACAGUGAAAGUUGAAUAUGACUACGUUCAAAAGAUUGUGCCAGAAAGAUGGAGAAGCUUGAAACCAAAGUUGACUGUUCAUGUAGGAGUAUCAGGCCAAGCAGAAACAUUGACGUUAGAGCAGCUGGCACACAACAAUGGCUAUAAUAGGCGUGACAACUGUGGGUGUAUGCCUAAUGCAGGCCUUUGCUCUCCAGAUGGUGAUCAGGUUAUCCACUCUGGAAUUCAAAUGGACUUGAUAUCUAGAACAAUUAACAAGAAUACAAAUCUCAACCUGCCAUGUGUUAAGUCCACGGAUCCUGGCAGGUUCCUUUGUGACUUCAUUUACUACUUGUCACUGAAGGAAGACAGGCUUCGCUCAGCUUUCAUCCACGUUCCAACUCUUAACAAAUUUUCUGCUCAAGACAUUUCAGCCGCUGUAGCAGCUGCCAUUAAGGAAAUGUAUAAACAGGUUGUGGAGAGGGAUACAUUGAAAGGUGAGGAGAAUGGUUUAUCACCAAAGAUGGAAUGUGCCGGGACUAUGGAGGAGGAGCGAGAGGAACUAGCAGAGACAAAAGUUGCUGUCUGAUUACUGUACUUGAACUGCACUGUACAUUUUCAUGCCUUAAAGCAGGGUUUGCAAACUGUUGAUUCUGUUGAUACCUUCUCAGACGUAUUGAGGCAUCAUUGACCACAGUUACUGUACGCAUGCAGUGCUGAACAAAACAUGUAAAAAAACAAGAUUUUAUUAUAACACUUUUGUACUGUAUUGUUGCCAAGUAGAACACAAUUAAGAAUAUAUUCAGAGUUUCAUAAGUUCCUUCAAGGCUAAUACAGUAUGAUACUUUCACCAAUAAUACAUUUCUUUGUUUAUAUUAAAUUCUAAUCAUUAAGUCAUAGUUUUCUGUCUUUAUUAUAUGAAGAAUAAAAUCUUGUUUUGUCUCCUUUAUUUUAUACAGUACAUGAUAAAUAUGUAAACUUUUUGACACCUAAAAUUUUACCAAUCUCUUGUCCGUCUCUAGUUAUCACCCUGGCACAGUUUUAUUGACUCCGAAGGUCAAUAAAUAACUACUUAGAGAACUACAGGCUUAAGCUAAUAUAGUUAGCAUAAGAUUUUAUUGGUGCUGUUAAAAAUAUUUUUGUAGGAUCAUGUGUGGGGGCCAUAUCUGUAGCUGUUUUUUUUUUAUCUUGGUUUAUUGUGAUAAUUGUGAUAAAUAAUUUUGGAAAAUCAGGCUGUUGGAAGCAAUCACUACAUUCCAACUGCUCCGGGAAACAUAAGAGCUUACCAAGGAAUGGUUGAGGGUUUAUUAAAUAUUUUGUGAUAGCUAUUGCCUUGGUUCUUGUUCUUGUUUGUUUUUAAAGAUAGAAUGAAAGAUUGUUUAUAUUUCUUGUGUAAAGUUUUUAUAUAAUAUGUUAAGUUGUUUAUGAUUAUUUCAAUUUGUAGAUUCACUUCAAUGUGAACAUUAGCUUUUAUAUACAGUACUGUAUAAAUACCGUUGACCCUCCAUCUAUACAAGUGAUGCAUUCCAGGAACACCAUGUGCAAAGUAGGUAUGCACAGAACAAAGUUAACUUUAUGUAAGAAAAAUAGAGAUGCAUUCCAGACUCCUCCCAAAGUCACUCGUUUUCUCGUUCUUUAUCUCGGUAGCGCAGUAGUAUUGCAAUUUAGUAUUUCAUUGAUAUAUGCAGUAAUAUAAGGCAGAUGCUGUUCUGUAUUCAUCUAUUGUUAAUUUUUGUAAAGAUUAUUACUCUACAAAUCAUAGAUUUAAAGUGCUUAGGCUAUAUUAAAGUGGAAAAUAUAAUUGUCUUGCAAAGAAUUAGGCAGAAAGUUCUUCACCAUGAUUGCUUAAGCUUGUGGUAGCUGUGUGGUUUCUGAAACUAUUAUUAAUAUGGUUUUGUCCAUAAAGAUAAAGGUGCCCGGAGCUUAGCUUGCUGAUGAACCUAUAUACAAGUCCUUCAGUAGUUUUCAGGCAGUACUUUGUGUAAGUCUUUUCUCUAGAUUCUCUCCCAUAAUGAACUUUAUAUCAAUAUCUUGUUAUAAAAUUAUGAAUGAGAGACUAAAAGGGAAGUAGACAUAUAGAUAUGACAUGGACAGUUGUGGAAAGGGGCAAUCCGACUGUCUUUACUUGGAUAAGGAAUGGUUGUGAAAGAGAGAUACAAAAUGGUGAACAGGUAGGAGAGAGGUGGCAUGGAUUGCCACAGUUUUGGUACACAGUUUGGUCACAGUUUUAGACAGAUCAGGUUGCUCCAUAUUUUAUUUUGUAGCCCAUAACCUAUAAUACAAAAGAAUAAAUUAAGACUGAAACAUCCUUUGUAAGCAAAAAUUAGAAGUAAUAGGAUCAGUAAUUAUUGCUCUGUAAAUGACAGUUGGUAGAUUAAAGUAACACCAACCACCAUCAGAUGUCACCAUUACACUACUAAAGGGUCAUUGGAGUUGGUUGCUCCCUUUUUUUUGGGAGAGUGACAUUGAGGAUUUUGACCUCAAUUCUUAUGUUUCUCUCUAUGAGAUUUUCAAGUGGGUGGCUGACCAAGGCUGACUCAAGUGACCAUAUCAAUUUGGGUGGGUCUUUGUGGUUGGUGUGUGGCUUCACAGCCGCCACUUGCUGGUUGCUGCCCACAAAUAUCUUCGGCUUGAGUCGGUGGUUGUUCUGGUGAAGCCUGGUUUAGUUACAGACACCUUGAAAUUUGCUCUCGUUAUGGAUGGAACACAUAACCAAGGAGACUAACACAGAGUCAAACCCAAAGCCUUUCACCACUUUUAUGCCAAGAGAGCUUCUAUCUCCUGAUGAGUUAGUGUUUCCUUUGAUGGGUUACCUUGCUCUCUUCCUUAACCCCCUUUUUUUUCUGUCUCAAUAUGUGUCCUGCUUGCACAGGAUUUGGGGACAACAUCACUACCUGCUUUCUUCAUCAUCACUGACUGAACCACCUAGACAGUGGAGAAGGGUUACCUCUCCACUGUCUGGGUGGUUCAGUGACUGGAUUCCUAUGGCCUCUCUUCAGUUCAUUUUCCAUGUCAUGGCUCCUACUCUGUUCUGCUUGGAUAAAUGCCCUGUAUUUUUUCUUCAUUUUGUUUUUGCAAUCCUCGGAGAGUUGGUUAAGUGAACUGAGAAAAAGCAUGUUGAGUGAAUUUAUGCACACUUUUCUGACUGACCUUCCAAUGCCCCAGUUGUCAUCUUUGUCCUGUCAUUACCAAGUAUGCUUAGGUGGUCUGAACUUCAAGAGGAGAAUAGUUGAUCUGACUACCGAGGAGAUGGUGAAAAUAUCAAUGGUGGUUUGUGUAACUUUUAUCUGCUAUCAUUGUCUGUUGAGUGACAAGUGGCAAUUUUAAUACUUAACAUUUUUACUUGCAGGGAGUGUUUGAGUAUUGUGACUUGCUCUUUUGUAUUAAAACGUGCGGGUACUUUUGAUUUAGAUUUUUCGCUGUCUCUUUCUUCCUUGAUACAUGACAGGACCACUUGCAAAGAUUCAUGGCAUGAUGGGGGGAAACGUUGUGAGAGCCUGUCAGGUGAUAAGAUUCCUAAGUGAAGGCUUUGGCUGUGGGAGCAUUAGAGGGUCUGGCUCACACUGGAGCAUUUUACCUUUCACAACACCCUAUCUUUACUUUUUAAAAUUUGAUUUUUGAAUUGAGUGUUAUAGAUUGAAGAAUUGACCCUUUUAUGCAAUGUUUAAUUCCUGAAAAAGGACAGUAUGUAAAUGUACUUAGAUAAAAUAAUGGCACUGAAGCUGGGAUACCUUUUGCAACCCAGUUUAUCUUUCUCUUGUAUGUCAUUCACUUGAGAUUGGAGGAAUGUUGACAGAUAUAUUAUUUGGUUUUCGUUAAGAGCCAUAGUCACAAUCCACCGUAGUAACACAACUUGACAAUUUUAUAUUUUAAUUUAAAUUUGACUUUGCUAUUUAUUUUUUUGCUUUCAGAAGUUAGAAAAGUGGAUGAGAAAUGUUUUCCAGUUUAAUAUUUUGCAAUUUCUGUCAUAUAUUUUUGUUAGAUUUUAAAUAAACAUAUGGCCAGUAGUUGGUGUCGCUAAAUUAGAUUGUUAACAUAGCUAUCAACCUUGACAUAACCCUCACUUCUCCGAACAUUUACUAAAGGUAUGUUAUUUCCAUUACCUUCCUUACAUCACAAUAAACCUUUGUGUAUGUAUCCUAAUUAGUUUGGAAUGUACCUAGACUUUAAUAUAUUUACUGAAAGUUAUAAGAAUAUUCCUUUAAUUAUAAUUUAUUUUAUAUAAUAACCACUUUUUAUGUUACAUAUUUGGUGCCUGUACAGUACUGUAUUUGAGGUGAGUAGUUUUUAUUGGAUUUUAUUGGUACCUGAAGUGCAGGACAGGCACAUAUCACCUUUCCAGACAAUUUAGUAUACAGUAUGCAUGCAUGUUAUAGCUUCAUACAUAGUUUACAUUGUGCAUUACUUAGUGCAUUUGUCUUAAACAUACAGUUAGUAGUGACAAAAGGUUGAAAUAGAAUAAUGAUCAGAUAAUGGCGUUGUGAGUGGUACAUUCAUUUGACUAGUCAAAGAGGUAUGGCAACCCUAAGUUAACAUUAUGAAUAGUGCACUCCCAUCACUAAUAAAUCAUAAAUUCUUGUGGCUGGAGUAUAUUGCACGUUACAGCUUGGGUUACCUAUGAGUUUAAUGCCUAGUCCAGUGUGGUAAAAGCAGGCUCUAUUAAACCUGAACAGGGUCAUGCUCAAGUCCCAUUUUAAAUUUGUUUGGGCUUUGGAUACUUUGGUAGAUAUAAAGUAUCUAUGAUUUAGCCUCAUGUUCAGUUUACCCUUUCCAACCAUAUUGAGAACACUGUAAAAAGGUUUUAUAAAGCUGCCUUAUGAAUUAAACUACUAUUUAAGACCAUCUUUUAUCAAAUUUAUAGCAUUUUAUAGAGAAUUAUUGUAUUAAUAAAUAUAUUAUGAUUAAA